CCGCCUGUGGGUCCCACCUGCCGGGGACUUUUUCUGCCCACACUAUCCGCUUUGCUCCCUGAAGAAGAGGGACGUGCUCCCGGGACUUUCCACGUUGACCCUACUUGGCCAUCCCCUCGACAGCAGUGGUUCCUUUGGAAGUUGGGGAUACACAACUGAAAGUCUGUUUUGUGACAGAGUUGAGAUGUUGACCAGAAGUCUUCAAUUACAGGUGAUGAUAGAAUUUAAAGACCUGGCUGUGUACUUUAGCUGGGAGGAAUGGCAGAAAAUGAGCAAUGCUCAGAAAAUCAUGUACAGAGAUGUGAUGCUGGAGACCUACAGCAGCCUUUUCUCCUUGGGGCACUGCACUACCAAACCUGACUUGAUCUUCAAGUUGGAGCAAGGAGCAGAGCCAUGGAUAGUGGAAGAAUGCCUGAAUCAAAGCCUUCCAGUUGCCAUGAAAAGGGAUGACCUGAUUUGGACCAACCAGAAAAAUCAGGACAAAAAUCUGAGUCAGCAUGUUAUGAAAAAUAACAAAACAUCUACUCUCAAGAGAGUUGAAUUAAGAAAAAAACUUAAUUUAAGUUCAACACAUCAGAGAAUUCACACAGGGGAGAAACCUUAUGAAUGUAAUGACUGUGGAAAUGCCUUUCGUAAGAAGUCAGAACUCAGAAAGCAUCAGAUAACUCACACAGGGGAGAAACCUCAUGAAUGUAAUGACUGUGGAAAUGCCUUUCACAGGAAGUCAGAACUCAUAAAGCAUCAGAUAACUCACACAAGGGAGAAACCUCAUGAAUGUAACGACUGUGGAAAAGCCUUUGGCCAGAAGUCACACCUUAUAAGGCAUCAGAAAAUUCACACAGGGGAGAAACCUCAUGAAUGUAAUAUCUGUGGAAAAGCUUUUGGCUGGAAGUCAGACCUCAUAAUGCAUCAGAGAAUUCACACAGGGGAGAAACCUUAUGAAUGUAAUGACUGUGGAAAAGCCUUUUGCUCUACAUCACAUCUCAUUUCACACCGGAGAAUUCACACAGGGGAGAAACCUUAUCAAUGUAAUGACUGUGGAAAAGCCUUUGGCUUUAAGUCAGUCCUCAUCAAACAUCAGAGAAUUCACACAGGGCAAAAACCUUAUGAAUGUGAUAACUGUGGAAAAGCGUUUGGCUCUAAUUCAGCCCUCAGCAGACAUCAAAAACGUUUCACAGGGAAGAAACCUUACAAAUGCAUUCACUGUGGAAAAUCCUUUUGCUUAAAAUCACAUCUCAUUGCACACUGGAGAAUUCACACAGGGGAGAAACCUUAUCAAAGUAAUGACUGUGGAAAAGCCUUUGGCUUUAAGUCAGUCCUCAGCAUACAUCAGAGAAUUCACACAGGGCAAAAACCUUAUGAAUGUGAUAACUGUGGAAAAGCGUUUCGCUCUAAGUCAGCCCUCAGCAGACAUCAAAAACGUUUCACAGGGAAGAAACCUUACAAAUGCAUUCACUGUGGAAAAUCCUUUUGCUUAAAAUCACAUCUCAUUGCACACCAGAGAAUUCACACAGGGGAGAAAGUUUAUGAAUGUGAUGACUGUGGAAAAGCCUUUACUUAUAAGCCAACCCUCCUCAGACAUCAGCAAAUUCACAGGGGAAAAACCUUAUGAAUGUAAUGACUGUGGAAAACCUUUGGUCUUAAGCCACAGAUUAUAAAGCAUCAGAAAAUUCACACAAGGGAUAAACUAUGAAUGUAAUGACUGUAGAAAAGCCUUUGGCUAUAAGUCAAACCUCAUAAUGCAUCAGAGAAUUCACACAGGAGAAAAUCAUGCAUGUAAUGACUGGAAAAUACUUUUGCUAUAAAUCACAGCUCAUGAAACACCAGAGAAUUCAGAUAGGGCAGGAACUUUCUGAAUGUAAUAGUGAGGAAAAGUCUUUGGCCAUAAGUCACAUCUCGUAAUCCAUGACAGAAUUCACACAGGAAGAAACCUUAUGAAUGCAAUGACUGGAAAAUCCUUUUUGCUAUAAAUCAUAACUCAUAAUACAGGAGAAUGCACACAAGAGAGAAGUUUUAUGAAUAUAAUGACUGAAAAGCCUUUGGCCAUAAGCCAAACCUGAUAAUCUAUCAGAAUUCACAGAGGAGAGAAAUUUCAUGAAUGCUAAUUGAAUUCUGGAGUUAACUGAAGUGCUAUGAAAUAGAUGAGCACAAUCUCUGGUGGUAGAAGUCAAAAUAAUGAUCUGAUCUGGGAAGCUGGACAGAGUGCUAGUGGGAUCAACAACAGAUUGAUCAGAUAGCUUCCUGGUACAGAUCUAAGUAUUAAUAUAUGGCAUUUCUUUCUUUAACAGCAUGAAUGUUGGAAAAUACAUGAUCUGGUACGUCUUUAGAAGCCAUUUCUUAAGUCUAGGUGAAAUGCUAGAAAGUGCUGCUGAGUAGGUGAUUAAUGUGAGCCAGGUGGUCUAUAUAUUGAACUCUGUGGUGCCAAGAUAUUGCUGUCAACUGAUCUCCUGAGAUUUGGAAUCUGAGGUCAUUGUGUAUCACUGGAUAUUUUCAUAACCUUGUUAACUUGAGUAAGCAGUAAGAGAGACUGGAAUAUUCAAUACAAAUUAAGAAAAGAGCUUUGUACGUUUCUUAUACUAAAAUGUGCCAGUUGAUCAAGAACAGAUUAUAUAGGUCCACUCAGUAGAAACCCAGUUGGUCACAAGAUUGAAUGAAUGGAAAAUUGUGAACAAGCUUUAUAUUAUGCAUUUAUGUUUAAAGUUAAUUGAUUUGGGGAAAUGUCUUUGUUUCAGUGCUUAAUAAAGCACUUGGGAUGUCCA